CCCGUUAAUUCCCCCUCUUCUUUUAUCGCAUCUUUUCUUUCUUUGGUUCGUCCCUUCUCGUCCCGAUCGCAAACCCCCGCCCCUUCUUUCUCCCGGCCCCGUUCCUCCUCCGCUCGCCGCCGUCGUCCGCCGCCGGCGAUCCCCUACCCGUCGUGCGAGAUUCUUGGACGGUGCGGCAAAAUCUUCCGCGACAUAGGUGAAAACAAUAUAGGGUGAGGAAGAAAAUAAGCGGUUUUGGAGCAAUAAACGCUUAUCAUCAAUUUGGUAAAGAUGGCAGACACCAAAUUCAUUGGCAAAAGAUGGGAGGAAAUGGAGACUGAUGUCUUAGUGAAGAUAUUUAAGGAGUUGAACAUGAUCCAACUGGCUCCAGUUUCCCGAGUUUGCCGUUCAUGGCGCUUGGCUUGUUCAGAUCCAUUCAUAUGGAAUACCCUUGAUCUAGGGCUUCUGCAGUCCAACUUUAUCCAGACAAGAGCAUCACCAUACAUAUGGGUGGACGAAAGAUCUGAUAAGAGGCUGACUCGAAUAUUGCGGGUGGCUAUGGCUCUUAGUCGUGGAAACAUUACAUCCAUGAUAUUUCAUUUUAAUUUAUACAUGAAGGAUGACCAUCUUAGUUACAUAUCUGAAUGGUCACCUCAUCUUAGAAGACUAGUUAUGCCUGCUUGGAACCGCAUCACGAAAGUCGGAAUAUGCCAAGCUAUCCGGAGAUGGGAGAAUCUAGAAUCACUUACAAUGCCCAGCAUUGCCCAUCCUCCAUACAUAAUGGAGGAAAUAAGCAGGAGCUGCAAAAAUUUCUCACAACUCAAGGUUAUGGGUACAUUUGACAUGCACUUUGCAUCUGCCAUUGCCACAAAUCUUCAAAAGCUGAAAGUAUUAAGUCUGCGGUGCUCGAUAGUUACGAAGGAAGCCUUGUUGUAUAUCUUGAAUCGCAUGGAUAAUCUGGAGGUGCUCAAUAUAUCCCACUGCCUUCUGCUUGAAGCCCUCGCAACUUCUGGACGGAAGCAGGUUCGUUCCGAACUAGACCAGUCCAUCCUUCAGAAAGCUUCACGGAUACGAGAAUUCUUUCAUUGCCAAAGCAGCUCAUGCACCACAUGCAAGAGAAUGAUUGAAGACGAAGGUCUGAUGAGAUGGUAUCGGUACGAGGACUGGUUCUGGCGUCGGGAUGAAGUGAGCACCCUUGAUCUCGGAGACUAUGGAAAGUUGUUUGGCAAAAACUGUGUGAACAGCUUGACUGCAUAGUGAUAGUAGUUAUUCUAAGAAUUUAAGUUCAUUUUUCAGAAGCUUUACAAACAUUUUCGUAAUAUUGUAAUGAACAAUAAUAGUUUUGACUGAUAAUUUGUUGCAGUGUUCUCCA